AGGGUUCUGUGGCUCUAGCGGGAGCCGAAGUUGGCCGACUGCAACAUCCCCAGCCAUGGCGCCCUCAGUGAAUGAGGCGCAGCGGAUGAUCGAUGAGCUGCUGUGGAAGGCAGCGCAAAACAACGUGCCUCAGGUCAUUGAAGAUUUGAUUCAAAAGCACCAAGCAAACAAGAAUCAGGUCAGCCCUUCUGGGCAGACGCUGCUACAUCAAGCUGCCCAGAAUGAGCAGCACGCAUUGGAGGUGAGCCAGUUGCUGGUGAAGCUAGGUCUGAAGGCCACCGAUGUGGACAAGCACAACCAAACGUCCAUAUUCUAUGCAGCCAGGGAUGGCAAUGCAGAAUUGUGCGAGUUCCUUCUUCAGCACGGUUGCAUGGUAAACCACAUGGACACGGGGCUGCAGACGGCGAUAUUUUACUCCGCGCGUAACGGCCACAUGGCGGCAACGGACGUCUUCCUAAAGCGCGGGGCCAAUGUGGAAAUCAAAGAUAAGAGGGGCUUCACGCCCAUCUUUUGGGCGGCCGAAUCUGGCCGCGUGGAUACGAUGAAAAAGCUGAUUCAGAAGGGUGCCAACACCAAGCACCUGAGUACCAUUGGAGGUGACCUUUUCACCUCUGCUACAGGUGAGGCCAUGAACUUCUCCGUGAAUGAGCUGGGAGCAGACCCGCGCCGCAAAUUGAUCAAAAAUCAAACCAAUUUGUUUGUGGCUGCCAAGCGUGGAGAUGUCGAGAAAGCCAAGGUCCUGAUUGAGACCUAUGGCCUUGAUGUCAAUCAUCAAGAUGAGAACGGACAGACCUGCCUCUACUAUGCUGCUUUAUAUGGAGGAAUCGUUGUCACGCAAAAACUAAUUCUGCAAUUCAAAGCAGAUGUGUUGAUUAGAGACAAGAAUGGAAAGACUGCCCUCGCGUUCCUUCAGCAGAAGCCGAAGAUAGAACAGAAUCCGCAGAUUCUCAAGUUGCUGUCGGAUGCCACAAAAAAGCAGCACAAGGCUCUAGAGGAGGCUCAGAAGAAGGAGCGUGCUGCAGCGGCGCGGGAGCAGAAGAAGCGGGAGCAAGAAGCCAAAGCCCGCAAGAAAGCGGAGGACAAGGCCCGUGCCACUGCUGCAGCCGAAGCCCGACGUGCGCGUGCAGAGGCUGGCGCGUCCCGGAGCUCGCGAACCAACAAGAAACGGUCAGCCAGCUCCGGGGAAAAUCCUUCGAAAAAGAGGCAGAAGUAUCACUUUGUCUGCUAUGACACUGGUCAGGUCGUACCGCGUGACUCUGAGAAGUUCAAGGAGAACUAUGCCGAGCUGCUGGAAAAGUGCCCCUUCUUGAAGCGCUGAAUCUGGACCAAUGGACCACCAAAACUUUCGAUUUGUCGGUCUGUGAUGGACCAUGAUAGACCAGGAUGAGUCCCAGAGCUGCACAUGCUCAAACAGAUUGGGACACAGUUUCACCACAGAUGCCUUGGGGAAUCGGCGCCUGCCGAACAGCGAGCGGCAGAAAAGCUUGUGACAGGAC